AAAUCGUAGAGUGAAAAUAGAAGAAAAUGCGGGAAAAAAUAACAUGGAAACAUUAAUAUAACCCUAAGUUAAGCAAAAAAUAUUUAUUAAUUAUUUAAUUAAAAUGGAAGAAAAAAAGUUAAUUCCACCAGAAGAAUUCGAUUUUCCGUUUACUCCGUACGAUAUACAGGUGAAAUUCAUGAAAAGUUUAUAUUAUACAUUGGAAAAUGGAAAGCUGGGAAUUUUUGAAAGUCCUACAGGAACGGGUAAAUCUUUGAAUAUUAUUUGUGGAGCAAUACGAUGGUUGAAAGAUCGACAACAUUUUGAGAAAGAAAACUUAAUAGAAACGCUUACAAAAUUAAUUAAGGAAAAAGAUAUUUUAUCCAAAGAUACAAAUGACUGGUUAUCUUCGCAAUCGAAGGAAAUUGAAAUGAAUUAUAAAAUAAACGCAUUAAAAUUAAAAGAAUCUAAAAUAAUUGAAUAUGAAAAUAAAAUAAAGCAAAUAAAGAAAUUUAAAAAUACAAAACUUAAUAAACCCAAGUUUUUUAUUAAAAUGAAAAAUAUUGAAAAUGUGGAACAGUUUUUGGAACACGAAGAUGAUAUAGAUGAUGACGAUAUCUUGCCUAAAGAAUCAAUAUCUGAAAAUAAAGAAGGAAUUUCUGAUGAUGAAACUUCUAAUACAUAUGAACCUAUUAAAAUAUAUAUUUGCAGUAGGACACAUUCGCAGCUGGCGCAAUUUGUGGGAGAAAUUGUAAAAACUUCAUUUAAAAGUAAUAUACGAGUCGUAUCUUUAGCUUCCAGACAAACUUUUUGCAUUAACCCAGACGUAUCAAAACUAAAAAAUAUGGCUUUAAUAAACGAAAGAUGCUUAGAUCUCCAGAAAAAAACUCCAAAACCGAAAACCGACGCGGACGGUAAAGUAACCAAAAAACUGAAAGUUUCCACUUCGUAUUGUCCAUUUUUUAAACAAUCUGCAAUUGAAGAAUUAAGUAAUUACGCUUUAACAGAAGUUCAAGACGUUGAGGAUUUAAUAAGUUCCGGAAAAGAAUUAAACGCUUGUCCUUAUUACGGAUCCAGAAAAGCAGCUGAAGAUGCAGAAGUCGUAUUGAUCCCUUACAACACCCUGUUGCACAAAGCUACAAGGGAAGCUAAUGGGAUUAAACUUGAAAAUAAUAUAGUCAUUAUAGACGAAGCUCACAAUAUUUUAGAAGCGUUAGCCCAAAUGUACAAUUCAGAUUUGAGUUACGCACAAAUUUACCACGCUUCACAUCAGAUGAAGGCUUACAAAAAAAAAUUCAGCACGAGAUUUUCGGCAAAAAAUUUAUUGAUGAUCAAUCAAUUGAUAUUUGUUAUAAAUCAGCUGCUGCAAGCAUUAGAGAAAUGUUGUACAGAAAAUGGGACGAGAAUAUCAACUUUGGAAAACUUCGUCUUAGAGACACACAUCGAUAAUUACAACAUGUUUAAACUGACAAAAUUUUGUAAAGAAUGUCGUUUAGCCCAAAAAAUAAGAAGUUUUGCGAUGAAAUACCCGGUAGAAGAAGCAGUAAAAGAAAAAAAGGGAAUCGAUGGGGUAAGAGAAUUUCUUGCUACGAUUCAAUCGAAAAAAGGUCCAGAAAAAAUUAAAAAACCUGAAGAACCCCCCGAACCUAAAACUGUGGUACCUCCAAUAAGCAAUCCUCUGUUGGCUGUUAUUUCGUUCUUAGAAUGCCUGACGUAUUCGUACGAAGAUGGACGGAUUCUAUUGAGAAAAAGUAAAAAUAAGCUGGAGUGCAAAUUUCAGUUUCUGCUGCUAAAUCCUUCAGCUAAUUUCAGUGAUAUUGUUAAAAAAGCCAGAUCGAUUAUAGUAGCUGGGGGAACUAUGCAGCCUAUUUCCGAAUUCCGCGAUAGGCUAUUCAUAAACGCUGGAGCUGAUCCUGAUAGAAUAUUAGAAUUUUCCUGUGAUCAUAUCGUCCCGCCCGACCACAUCUUGCCAAUUAUCGUUACUAAAGGACAGAAAAAUGAAAAUUUGUUGUUCAAUUUUGAAAAUCGAAUGUUAAUGGGCAACAGUGUGAAAGGUAUACUUUUAGAAACGUGCCGAUUGGUAAUUGGAGGUAUAGUCGUAUUUUUCCCAUCGUAUAAUUACGAAAAUUGGAUAUGGGGGCAAGUUGAAAAGAUUAAUUUUGGUAGGAAAGUAUUUAGAGAACCCCAAACGUCCGGGCAAGUAGAUGCUGUUUUAGAAAAAUAUGCAGAAGCGAUUAAUAGUCCUGGGAGUAAAGGUGCUUUACUUUUUAGUGUUGUUGGUGGAAAACUCAGCGAAGGUCUAAAUUUCAGCGACGAUCUAGGAAGAUGUGUGAUUGUAGUAGGAUUACCAUAUUCUAAUAUAACCGCUGCUGACUUGAAAGAAAAAAUGAAUUAUUUGGAUAAAAUUGAGGGUCAAGGUGCAGGGCAGAAAUAUUACGAAAAUCAAUGUAUGAAAGCGGUAAAUCAAUGCAUUGGUAGGGCCGUUAGACAUAUAAACGACUAUGCUACUGUACUACUAUUGGACGAAAGAUAUAGUCGAGCAACUGUAAAAACUGCGUUGCCAAAUUGGAUUAAAAAAUCAUUGAAAAUAUCUAAUUAUGAAGAAACGUUUAUAGCUGUUAAAAAGUUCUUCGAAGAGAGGAAGAAGAAGGGUUGAAAUGAAAACGCAAAAUCUGGAUUAUUUGUUUAUUUAUUUUCAUCAAUAAGUUCAAUUCUUUUUCUUUUCAUAUAAUGUUCGAUUUUAUUUUCAAGACUAUCGCAAGUUUGUCGUUUUAAUAACGGUACAUAAUUUUUGGUUUUUAAAUGUUGUACUAGAUGUUCACUUAAACAUUUAGUUUCAACAACUGGUAGUUUUUUCGAAAUUUUUAUAUUUUCAAUAGCUUUUAUCAUAUCUCGAACCAUUUCUUUUCUAAAAUAUAUUACAAAACUUCAAUAGAUGUUUUUUCUUGUGAAUAUAUCAUGCAAAAAACUCACUUUACAGCAUAAAAAGUCCAGAAAUGAUUCAACUUUUCUGUUAUUUCAUCUAAAAUUUGUGCAUCAUAAUUCCAAUUUAAAUUUUCGUAUUGACAAUAAUGUAAAUUCAACGGUGUCUCACUUCCCAUACUGUAUUCCGGUUUUCUUCAAGAAAAAUUCCAAUUUCAAUGGUAAAUAUGCGAUAUAACAAAAAUCGAUAUAAUAUUACCUAGGAUACUUUUCUAUGUUGAAUAAUUCGUCAAUAACUUCAGGUUCUUCUUUUUCUUGUCCCAUCAAAAAUAAAAUACCCAUGAUGCAUCUAAUUUGAUGCCAUAAAAACGCUUUAGCUUUGAUCGUUAUCACAUACAUGGCAUAUACUGAAAAUUUGCAUUUAAGUGAACAUGAUAUUAAUAAGACAUUUAUUGAGCUGAAUUUUACUACAUUUUGUAACCCCCUCGUAAAAUAUUAUACUUUUCGUUCCUACAUUGUAAUUAAAACUCAACUCAAUGAAUAUCAAAUUAAAUAUUUUCUGUUUUUUUUUAUUAUGUGGCUUACAAUUUUGUUGUUUAUCAAUGGGUUCAAUUUUUAUUUCCGUGAUAUUUCUUUUGAAAUCUACAACUCCAUUUCCAACGUCCAUUUUACAUAGAUUUCUAAAAUCGUGUGUACCCAACAAUUUUUCAGAUGCAAAACGCAUUUUCUGAAAUAAAUACAAUUAAAUUAUCCCCCUGUAACCAUGAUUUAAAAAAAUAUAUCAAAAAAGAAUGUAAAACCAAAUUAGAUGCUUGAUUGACAGAUAUUUUGACCUGUUGCUGCAGCCAUUUUGACGUUCAUGUGUUUUUAUAUUCUUUCAAAGAUAAAUUUCAAUAAUUCAAGAAUCAGAUUUCACCCUGUAAUCAAUCUUUCAAGAAAAUAUGCCAUAAAAUUUUGAAAACAAAAUAUAUUUUCUAUUCAGGCAUAAAUAGACACAAUAGACAGAUACUAAUUACCUAUAUUGUAUAUAGAAGGGCUGUUCCAAAACUUACAAACGUUUUCACCUGUUUCGGCAGCAAUUCUGACAUUCAUGUGUUUUUAUAUUCUUUCAAAGAUAACUUUCAAUAAUUCAAGAAUCAGAUUUCCCCCUUUAAUCAAUCUGUCAAGAAAGUAAGCAUUAAAUUUUUGAAUACAAACUAUAUUUUCUAUUCAGGCAUAAAUAGAUACAAUUGACAGAUACUAAUGACCUAUAUUGUAUAUACAAGGGCUAUUCCAAAACUUACAUUUUCACCUGUUUAGGCAGCCGUCUUGACAACAUUUUUGUAUUUUUAUAUUCUUUAUCAGAUGAAUUUCGAAAAUAUGAAUAUGAAUAAAUCACUAAAAAAUAUUAAAUUAAAUAAACUUACCUGAAUGUUAAGUUUUCCUUUGGGAAAAUAAUAUUUAUACGUCCUGGAUAAACAGUCGAAUCUCGCACUUGAACUUUCCCCCACAAGACUCCAUCCAACACACUGUAUGUUACUAGGCAACACUUUAUUCAAGAUUUUACAAUAAUUUAAUUGAUUCUUCGAUUUAUUUGAAUCCUUCAAGAGUUCUUUUUGAUCAUUUUUCAACAUAUUGGUUCGUAAAUCUAUUGAUACGACUUGCCCAAACGAACUAACACCUUUGUCUGUACGCCCGCAUCUGUGGUAAUUUGAACUAGUCCUAUCCUGUAUUAGCUUAGUUUUCAUAAGUGCCUCGAAUAAAUGGUGUUCAACUGUAUCCGUUGUAUCUUCUUGAACUACAAAUCCUUUGUAAUCCCAACCUAAAUAUAAUAAAUGUAGGAAAACAUGUUGAAAUUGAUACCUGAAAAACGUACUGUUGUUUUAAUGAUUAAAAUAUAAUAGGAGAACUAACUUCGAAAAAUCAAAAGCUUUUGAUUGCUUCGCAAUUUUUUCCGGUGACGUUUGUUUAGCUAGUAAAUUUUUCAAUUGGAUAUUGUGUGCAGUAAGAGAUUUUAUUUUCGAUAUAAGUUCCUAAAAUAUCGAAAGUUUAAGAGAUAAACUAAUAAAUUUUAGCGUACUUACCUCUUUAGUGAAUUGUUCUAAAUUCUCUUCCUUAUUAUGUUUUUUAAUUUUUACUUUUUGUUCCAUUAUUUUGUUUAAUAAAAUAAAAAUAAACUUGUAUCGGUUAAA